AUGGGCGUGUUUGCAGCAAUCCAGGGUUUAAACCGGAAACUCAUCUCGGACCUCGAACAGAACUCAGAUCGUCUUACUGAGAUAGCUGAGGAUUUUAUCAAGUACCAUUUCUCGAUUUUAUUCGCCUCGUUUUAUGAGACAAGAAAAACUACCCUUUUUGGUGGGUUUUGGGGAUUUUUGUAUGGGAGUAAAUUGCUGAUGGAUCAACUAUCUUCAACCCUGGGCGUUCUUGGCGAGAAACGUGACCCACUAGAUAGGGAUCACAUGUCGAUCUGUAAAUUCGAGCACCAGGAAGAUAUUGGAUAUAAGACAGUUGUUAAGCGCAUCCAAGAAAUAAUGGGUGCCCACUCAAGCGAAGGUGAAUUGUCCAAUAUAUAG